AUUAAAAGAUCAUGAAUGAUAAAAAGAAGGAUAAUUCUUAUCUUGAUAUAUCUCAUCUCGUUCAAGGAUGGGAUGGUUAUAGAACUGGGAACAUUGUAAGAGAUAAUCAAUUUUAGAGAAAUUAUCGCAACUAUGCUCGAUAACGGAAUUGAGAAAGCGUAGCCCAAAGGUAUUACACAAAGCAUGGUUUAUUACGGUAACAGCUCUUCCCACAGAAAUUGACAGCUAUCCCUCGUUAUUUACUUACAUACACUUCGGGAAUCGAAAGAGAAAGUACACCUAGAAAGGGAACGGUGUCGCAGGAGGAGAGCCGCGUAGAGAGUAGUCGUGGUGGUGGGUAUUUUGACCCAAAUCCCAUAGCCCCCACCCGAAGAAAGACCAGUGCGGCUUCAGGGACAAUGCCGACGACGUCUUUUUGAGAUUAUUUUCACUUUUAAGCUCGUACGAGAACUGUGCAGUGUCGUGUUAUGUACUUGGCACGAGGGUGAUCUACGAUUCGACAUGGGCUCGCCGUUCAAGGUGCUAACCGCCCUUCUGCUUCUGCAGUUAGCCGGUUUAAGCGAGCCGUUAUUUGUACCAGAGCAGCUUACCACGCUUCUAUCUUUUCUGUACACAAACAUACCACCAAUCCGAAAAGGAACCGACUCGAGAGUGGGCUUUGGUUUUCGGCUAGGGCCAAAUGCUGAUUUCCAGGUGUUGUUUGAACUGGGACCCCAACAGAACACAGUGCCCUUAGGACCCGACAGUGCGGGCAGUUCCAAAAGGGACACGAUCAGUGCGCAAAAACCUCCGACAACCUGGCUCGAAACCUGGCACUCGAAGCAACAGGAUGCUAACCAGGAGGAUGAGUAUGACAUGCCAGUCAAAACCGGCUAUGUCCUCCCUGACCGGGACAUCAUCAACCACCUGCGGCAGCUCUACACGACCAAACCUCCUGAGAUCGUGCCAGAAGAGAAAGAAUUAAAAGCGAAUACAACCGGAAUACAAACAAACUCAUCAUCAAUUUGAAUUUAUAUCUCUUAUAGAUUUUUCUCUAGUGUGAUAACAAAAAAAUGAGAAAAAUAAAGACCACCAGUCAGGAUUGACUCUGACUGAUUAUCACACUUGAUAAAACUGAUUGGUGCGUCUGUAUUUCCCAACUAGCCAAUUUUCCCCGUCAAGUAAGAAUUAAUUAUAGUACAUUUUUUUAUACAAUGCAUUCAUUGUUACACUGUACAUACUAUAAGUGCCUGUAGACUUAAAAAAAAUUUUUUUGUCUUUCUAAACAAAGGAAUAAGCAUUUUUUAAUUGCCAAUAAAUUGAAAAGUAUUUAUUUUAUUUAUUGAAUUCGCCAAACAGGGCAGAAAUACCAUCAAAAGACUUUUUUUUAAACUGGUAUUGUUUUGUAGAUAAGGUUUUAUGGUGUAAAUAUAAACUAUUUAUAAGUAAGCGUAUACUGUUUUCUAAAUACCCACCCAAAAUUACAUAUUUCCAAAAGGCAGAGACUGGCCGGCAGGCCAGUUCAUCAAGUUAAUCCCUACAUCUUUCAAGUAAUGGACUUAUUUGACCCCAAUAAAUGGAGAAAAUGGGACCGUCAAGAAGAACUUCUUCAAUGUACCUUAGGUCAGUCAAAGAUCCAUUAUGUAUAAUAAUCAUUUCAGUACAGGCAUGGACGAUGAUUCCAACCCAUACCGUAACUGUCUCUGAAAAGGCUGUGACUUGAGCAUGGCACAUGAAGCAAAACAUUCUCCAUUUCUUCUCUACACAGUGCAGGUCACCUGAUAGCCAAACACCAAACCGGUUCUCAUUUGUGAACAGCACAGUACUCCCGCCCCAUUGUUCAAGUGUCCAAGAGAGAUGCUGAUUUGAAUAAACCUUUCUACUCGAUGCCUCUCAAGUAGUAGAGAGCUUGGUUCAGGACGUCUACAGACUAAGAUAAUCUCAUGAAGACUUUUGAUAACUGUUUGAGAGGUUUCCCUUCGGAUGUUAAUAUUCGGGUGUUCCCCAGGGCUCGCACAUCAGGCCAAUUUUAUUUUUGAUAUUCUUCAAUGAUUUUACGGGUUAUUACAAAUAGUCAUUAGCUGCUUUGUGAUCAUUUAAAGCUGAUUAAAAGAGGUGGAUUUUGCGAUAGAUUGUAUUAUUUUUCUAGAGGACUUGAUUGCAUUUAAGAACUGGAACCGAUUAAACAAGUUAGAUGGUGAAAAGUGUAAAUUUAUCUGCUUCUCCAAAAAUAAGGCUACAAAUUCUAAUAAUACUAACUUUCGCUAUACUGUCAAUAGAGAUAUUAUUGAGGAAGUCACCAAAAUUGCUGAUCUCAAAGUUAUCUUCAACCCCAAUUGUGAUCUCCGUGAUCACUUUGAAGCCAUUAUGGAAAAAGCCUGUAGGUUUUAUUAAGCGAAUGACUGCAGACUUCACCGAUCCCUUCACGAUCAAUGGGACUGUUCGAAAUUGGCCACCAAUCAAGUAUGCCAUUAAACAACAGUUCUGUAGUGCGACAAGAGCAAUCUCUAGCCAGAAGUACAUAGCGGUCGGCCACUACCUUCUUUCCGAUCAGUGGGCCUAAACUGAUGGUAGUGUGGCACACCCAGGAUUUGGUGUAACGAUCGUCGCUGGUGAAAGCAUUCAUCCCGGUUAGAAUUUUCUCGACUUAAA